AUGACUCAUUUAGCUAAUAGUUAUUUUCCAAAUCUAGAUGCAUCAGCCGAUCCUUGGGGUGUGAAAGUCGAACGUGUUGAAGUCAAAGAUGUUCGUUUACCAGUAGCAUUAGAAAAAGCGGUGGCAGCUGAAGCAUCUCGAGAUACACGUGCAAAAAUUUUCGCAGCUGCAGGUGAAAUGAAAGCAAGUAGUAGUUUAAAAGCAGCGCCCGAUACGAUCAAUGAAUCACACAAAGCUAUGCAGUUAAGAUAUCUACAGACAUUAACACAAAUUGUUGCUGAACGUAAUUCGACGAUGAGCAGACAGGAAUAUAAAGACCAAUAUUUCAAAUAA